AUGACGCUUAAGUUUGGAAGAAUUGAUAUUCUUUCAAAACAAGGAAUCAAUAUAGGAUUUAUGGGAUGGAAUAUCAUGCUUACAUUCAUCAUAUUAAUAUUUACAACUAUAAUUUUACUUAAAUCUAAUCCAAAACAAAAUAUGACUCAAAAAUUUAAAUCAAGUUGGAAUGAAUUGAAUGAAAUUUAUUCAUCUAAAAAAUCAAAAUCAAUUUGGAAUUAUAUUGUGCCUCCUAGUCAUAUUUAUGCAAUUUUAUUAUUAUUUAUUGGAAAUUUAUUAUUAAUAUUUUUUACAUAUAUUAUUCAUUUACCUAAAAUUGGAGCUAUUAUUGUAAGCAUACUUAUAUUUAUUGCUGUAAUUUCAUCAUCAAGAGCUGCUCAAUUAGAACGUUCAAGUGAAUAA